CGUGACGACCUAUGCGUAUCCGUAUGCGUAGGCACCCUGGAGCAUGGUCUGUGAUGUUCCUCCAGGUACUACAGGUAGGCUAGGUGACAAAGUUGAAACAUACGGCAAGUUCAUUAUUGGGCUGAUCGAUGGCUCGCAUAUCAUGUCACACAUGGCCAUCUCAGAUUGCCACGAGCCAUUGCUUUCACUUUCAACAUCAACAGCCCUUCAAUUCUCCUAGCGUUCCAAUAGUCCAUCUACGCCACCGGGCAAAUCACUUCAAGCAUGAGGAACAUCUUUCGCAGAAACAAAGACUCCUACACUCCUACCGAACCCUCCUCCAAAUUUAUAGGAGAGAACCCCACCACAAGCGAACAGUUCCAGAAACUCCCUGAGGCAGAAUUCCCAGAGUCGACCCAGGACUCUCGUUGCUUGCGCGUACAGUAUGACGAUUACUGGAGCCACCACACGACCAUUCGAGUCUUGGCCUCUGACCAAGAUGUUGAGAAGUACACAGUCGACGCUCGUCUUCGGAAGCCUCAGAUGACGAUUUGGUCAAGUUCCAGCGGUGCUGAGAUCGCCACUGCCAUCCUCCAUUCAUUCAAAGGCCGCAUCGACAUAACCAUAAACGGCCAAGAACUUACAAUUGAAUCCAAUGGCUUUCUGGGGGGACAACAUUCGUACAACUCUCUGACCUUGCAUGGUGAGAAGCUGAAUUGGAGACCACGCAAGAAACUCGAUGAUCUGAAUAUGGUGCUUCUCAACAACACGGGAAUGGCUAUUGCGAGAUUCAAGCCUGAUUAUAGGGGUAAUAUACGCGGAGGUACGCUGGAGAUGCUCAAUCAAUUCAUCACCACCGAUCGGGCGGCAGAAGAAACUGUCAUCGCUGCGCUUGCUGUCAUACGCUACAAGGAAAGCCAACGAAUGAGUGCAGGUAGCGGGUGAUCGACAAUACUGUAGGAUCAACUUCCAACAAUCCUGUCUGCAUAUCUGGGCGAAGGGCAAUCUCCACGUUGAUGUCUUGGACACAGCCAUUCAAUGGGGGAGUAGCAACACUUCACACUAGUAGGUGUAUAUUCUGUAUGUACAGUGACGAGAAGGGUAUAUAUACAGGAAGACCACUACCUAGGGACUUAAUCCUUUUCACGUACUCGU